GAAAAGGCUGCGAGGAGCCGGGAGGGAGGCACAGGCAGGCUCCCCGCGCUGCGCGCCGGAACCUCUCCAGAGAGAGACGCGGAGGGGGGGGGUGUGUGUCCGCGUGUGUGUCCGCGUGUGCAGGGGGGGGACACGCGCGCCCACGACUCGCGGCGGCCCGGCCAGUCGCGCGUGAACCAUCCCGUCCGGCGUGUCCGCCAGCCUCUGCCCCUGCCCGGCGCCCCGGCCACCGCCACGCCGCGGCGGGAGCCGCCAGCCCCGGGGCGGUGCGAUGCCCCCGGCGAGUCGUUCCUGCCGCGGGCUCUCGGGAAGCGUGGGGGGUGAUGGCACCUUCACGGGAAUGACACGCUGAGGGACUGUGGAGAGCAGACACGCGCGCACACACACACACACACACGCGCACACGCGUGUUGCAGGCACGCGCGGUUUGUAGACUGGAUUUUGGGGGGCGGAGGGGAAGCAGCGGCCGGCUUCCCUCGCGCCGGCCCUGAAGGAGUUCCCGGGCUUCUGCUCCUGCGAGUGGGUCUGUGCAAGGCAGGACGCCAAGGCACGGAGGAGAAGGAGGAGGAGGAGAAGCGAAAGACAACCCGAGACAUUUGCCGAGGGAAUUCUUAGGUGCGGGGUGAAGACCAGCGGGACUUCCAGUUCCCGAGGAAAGCCCCUAGCAAAGCCAGCGGGGGAGAAACACCCCCCCACCACCACCACCCACCCCGCUAAAAAUGGAUACAUUGCCUCUCGUUUGGGGAUUUUUAGCUCUGUGCUUGGCUGGAUCCGGAGUGCUAGGCGAAGCAGUUCAGUCGUGCGGGGGUCGUUUGAAUUCAAAGGAUGCUGGUUACAUCACUUCACCUGGAUACCCACAGGACUACCCCUCCCACCAGAACUGCGAGUGGCUCAUUUAUGCCCCGGAAGCAAAUCAGAAGAUUAUCCUCAACUUCAACCCUCAUUUUGAAAUUGAGAAACAUGACUGCAAAUAUGACUUUAUCGAGAUACGGGACGGCGACAGCGAGUCGGCAGACCUGCUGGGCAAACACUGUGGGAACAUCGCUCCUCCAACCAUCAUCUCCUCAGGCUCCUCUCUCUACAUUAAGUUCACCUCUGAUUAUGCACGGCAAGGCGCUGGCUUUUCUUUGCGCUAUGAGAUCUACAAGACAGGCUCUGAAGACUGUUCUAGAAACUUCACCAGCUCCAAUGGCACUAUUGAGUCCCCCGGAUUCCCUGAUAAGUAUCCCCACAACUUGGACUGCACUUUCACCAUCAUGGCCAAGCCAAAGAUGGAAAUCAUCCUUCAGUUUCUGACCUUUGACCUAGAGCAUGACCCCUUGCAGGUUGGAGAGGGAGAUUGCAAGUAUGAUUGGCUGGACAUCUGGGAUGGCAUUCCUCAAGUUGGCCCUUUGAUAGGCAGGUACUGCGGCACAAAGACACCUUCUGAGAUCCGCUCAGCUACUGGUAUUCUCUCGCUUACCUUCCAUACUGAUCUGGCAGUGGCUAAAGAUGGCUUCUCUGCCCGCUACUACUUGGUCGAGCAGGAGAUCCCGGAAAACUUCCAGUGCAACAUUCCUUUGGGGAUGGAAUCUGGCAGAAUCUCCAAUGAACAGAUCAGUGCCUCCUCCACCUACUCGGACGGAAGGUGGACCCCGCAGCAGAGCCGGCUCAACAGUGAUGACAACGGAUGGACCCCCAACCUGGAUUCCAACAAGGAGUUCCUCCAGGUGGACCUUCGUUUCCUGACCAUGUUGACGGCCAUUGCUACCCAGGGUGCCAUCUCCAAAGAAACGCAGAAUGGCUACUAUGUCCGCUCCUACAAGCUGGAAGUCAGCACCAACGGUGAGGACUGGAUGAUGUACCGGCAUGGUAAAAACCAUAAGGUAUUUCAAGCUAACACUGAUGUCACCGAAGUGGUCCUGAACAAGAUCCACACCCCAGUGCUGACUCGGUUUGUCCGGAUCCGUCCCCAAGUCUGGCACAAUGGGAUUGCUCUCAGACUUGAGCUCUAUGGCUGCCGCAUCACAGAUUCACCCUGCUCCAACAUGCUGGGGAUGCUUUCCGGCCUUAUCUUAGACUCCCAGAUCUCUGCCUCCUCAAUCAGAGGGUACGACUGGUCCCCUAGCAUGGCCCGGCUGGUCAGCAGCCGCUCUGGAUGGUUCCCACGAAUCCCCCAAGCCCAGCCAGGGGAAGAGUGGCUGCAGGUGGAUCUGGGAGUCCCUAAGAAUGUGAAAGGAGUGGUCAUCCAAGGGGCCCGAGGAGGAGACAGCAUCACCAUGGUAGAGGCUCGAUCCUUCGUGAAGAAGUUUAAAGUGGCCUACAGCAUGAAUGGAAAGGACUGGGAGUAUAUACAGGACACCAAAACCAUGCAACCCAAGCUUUUUGAAGGCAACAUGCAUUAUGACAUCCCUGAAGUCCGAAGGUUUGACCCUGUUCCUGCACAGUACAUCCGGGUUCACCCAGAACGGUGGUCUCCAGCAGGGAUUGGGAUGCGUUUGGAGGUGUUGGGCUGUGAUUGGACAGCUGUAAAACCCACUUCAGAGACACUGAAGCCCACCUUGAAGAGUGAGGAGACCACCUCUCCAUACCCUACUGAUGAGGAGACGACAGAGUGUGGUGAUGGCUGUGGAGAAGGUGAUGAUGCCCAGCUUCCUGUAGGAUUCAAUUGCAACUUUGACCUCCCUGAAGACCUAUGUGGUUGGUCUAAUGACCCUGCAACAGAUUAUAUGUGGUCUUUCCAUUCUAGAAGCACCUGGUUCAGCAAUUCAGGACCAAGCACUGGGUCCUUACCUGAGAGUAAAAGCUACUUGCGGCUGCAGAGCAGUGGGAGGAGAGCGGAUCAGCGCACCCGACUUAUCAGCCCUGUGAUCUACUUGCCCAGGAGUGCUGUCUGCAUGGUGUUCCAGUACCACGCAUCUGGCAGGAAUGGGAUAAUGCUGCAGGUGUGGCGGGAAGCAAACCAGGAGAAUAAGCUGUUGUGGAUCAUCUCGGAAGACCAAGGGGAUGAGUGGAAAGAGGGACGGAUCAUUCUGCCAAGCUACGAUAUGGACUAUCAAAUUGUGUUCGAGGGUGUUAUACGCAAAGGACAUUCGGGAGAAAUUGCCAUCGAUGACAUCCGGAUUGGCUCCGAUAUCUCCCUAGAGAAUUGCAUGGAACCCAUCACAGCUUUCCCAGGUGAGAACUUCUACAUUCCAGGGGGCACCCUUCUGCCAGGGAGCGAGCCCACAGUGGACACGGUGUCAGUGCAGCCCAUCCCAGCCUACUGGUAUUACGUUAUGGCCGCCGGAGGUGCUGUUCUGGUGCUGGUCUCCGUCGCGCUGGCCCUUGUGCUCCACUACCACCGGUUCCGCUAUGCGGCCAAGAAGAGUGAUCACGCCAUCACCUACAAAACCUCCCACUAUACCAACGGGGCCCCUUUGGCAGUGGAGCCCACCUUAACAAUAAAACUAGAGCAAGACCACAGCUCGCACUGCUGAGAGCCGAACAGGAGCAAGAACAAAACACAAAAACAAAAUUUAAGACUUCAAAUACGUUGCCUCGAUUUUUGCACUUUUCUCCUCACCUAGCGUCUGUGUGAACUCUAGACAUCUCUGUCCCUGUCCCCUACCUUUCCCAGCCUUUCCUGUUCUUUUACAACCUCUAAACUAAUGCUGCAGCUUGGAUCGCCAGAAGAGAGUGCCCGCCCAUGUCACUUUGAAAGGGAAUGCUCCUCUUUAUUAUUUUCAAAGACUGAUUCUCCCAGUAGGCAACCUGCAAGGAAACUUGAUGGCAAGUCAAGAAGCUGGUGUGCGUGCGUGCAUAUGUGCGUGUCUAUAUAAAUAUAUGUAUGUAAGUGUGCAUGGGAGUGUGUGAGGCUGACUGACUGAAUGUAUAUUUAAAAGAGGCCCCUUUUUAACUUGCUUGUAUUGCUUCUGCUUACACAGGGAAUGUGUUAUCCCCUGUGGAAGGCCUGGGAUACCAUUUGCGAUAAAUAUACUGAUUUGUUUACUUGGGGAAGAGAACAAUGCUUUUUGUUGCCUUAUCUAGCUUUGGCUGGGUUUAUAUUUCAUAUCGUAACGUCAGCGGGUGCAUAAUGAGAAGAACAGGCCAUGCUGGACAGUCCAAAAGACCCCCUUGGAUGGUGGGAAGGAUCCAGAGAGGUUCAUCGCCAUUCAAAAUUAAGACCUGUCUUAUUAUUUCUUCAGCCAGCAUAACACAGCCAUUGUUUGGUAGCGGAAACCACCUCCCACCCCACCCCUGUCCAGAAGUGAAUCUAUUUCAAGUUGCCUUAUAACAGAGAAGCUCAUAAAGAAUGUUUAGUUUAUAUCUGUUAAACCCAGCCUUGGAGUAAUGUGUAGACUUAAAGCAGAUCUAAGGUGGAUGUUAAAUACUGUAGUUUCUUGAAUCUGAGGUUUAUUUAUUUUUUAAGGAACCUCACUCCGGAUGCUGAUGUUUUUAUGUUUAUCUUUUUGCAGGGGAAGUGGGAAUCCUCUUCCUUGUCAUUUUACUAGAAAUUUACAAAAGACGAGUCUAAUUUACCUUCUGUUUUCUCUGCCCAAGUUCGUAGCUGCUGGAUCAUAAAAUGGCUAAUUGACUUUCUAGAAUGUCAAUUAGUUUUGCAUUUGCUAAUGUUCUGCUUCUUAGAGCAUCAGUAACAUCUAGCAAACAAAACACUAGCAGAUAGGCCUGGUGAAAUCCAGAUAUUGCUGCAUCUUUAACUUAGGAGAAAUAAUGGAAACCAAGAUACGCCUCCACCUAUUGAUUGGCUCUGAAGUAAUGCAAUGAAAAUGCCUUAUAUAAAUUACCAAGCGAUGACACGCAAAGGUGGUUUGAAUCAUUAAGUCUGAUCUAUUUGUGCAGAAUGCGCCUCCAUGGAACACAGUUCAGGCUUUUUCAUGUUCGGUUGUGGCAAGUGAUCAGAUUCCCCCCAUUAAGACAUCCAGCCACCCUUUCUGCUCUCUGCCCCCAGAAACAAAGAUAACAGUUCUGCUAACUGUCUGCAGUCUUGCUCAUUCUGUCAGAUCAUGAAAGUGUGUCCUGCGCACGCAGGGUUGGCACAUAUCAUGACAGAGAUCAGGGCUGCUUGAGUCUUAGCCAAUCCCCAAUGGCGCACGUUCUUGGGAUUGUCACUCUUGUUCUCUCUUUCCCAGCCUUAGUCAGUAGCAUGCUUCAGUGCAUGCGGCAGUUUACUCUGCCGAUUUUGGAGAUGCCCGCUUAGUUGGUAACAUCACACAGUGCUGCUUUGGUAGGGAGAUAGUUUUUAAAGUGCACAACAUCUAAAACUGAUUCUCCGCGUUGAGCAUGUGUGGUAGUGGAUGCAUCUAGAAAGAGAGAGAUGUGCAGAGUUAACACACAUCUGGGAUUGCAAGCCUGGGGGCCAGGGGACUAAGUGCCUUCCACUCCCAUUGCAGUCAGGAGGCACUCAGGGGCAUCCAUCACCUCUCAGGAUGCGUUCAGUACCACGUGAGCCCUAGGAGAGCUUCUUCCAGCAUGGAAGUCAUUUAUUAGUGAGCAUCUUCAUUAUGUAGCACUGGCAGGAUCGAACAUAUCACUUCUGCUAUGAUAUCCCCAACGCUAAGUUAUCAUAGAUAACAAUGGACAUAAAACAUUGAAAGACUGUUGCUGAGUUUUCAGAUCAAACCUACAGUUUUCAAUAGGGUAGGGAAGCCUCUAGUAAUAUUUCUGAAGUUGGUACGACAUCCCUGUGUAAAAUUCUCCUCUUGGCUACACCAAGGCAAGCCUGCCGUGAGGGAGGGUGCUUUGGUGUAUCUGAGAGGAGCAUUUGAGGGCCAGUGUUAAAAAUAAAAAUCACCAAAGAUGAUGACAACAAAAAUCACUUAAAGAUUUUUACUCCCAAUUCUCCCCUUCCUAGAACUGUGACAUCCCCAGCAUCGCGCAGUUGCCUGUGUGUGAAAAUAUCUUGUGGAAAUUUGAAACUCUUUAAAGAUGUAUUGUGUGGAAUGUAAUAAAAGGAUGAUAUUUUUAUACAAACAUCUGGGGAGGGUUUCUUUGUUUGUUUAUGAAAACGACAUUGGGCAAACUGACGUUUCAUUACACGUUCCCUUCCGAGUGGUAGGGCUCUUUCCUUUAGCAACUAAAAGCUUGAUUAUGCUUCCAUUCAAGUCACUAACAAAAACCUCAUGGCAAGCUCCCCAGCUGGUGUACAUGAAGUCAGUGUAGGUGUGCCAAGAUUAUAAUCAGCUGAAAAUCUGACCCCCCUAUGCUCAGGAUCAGGUCCUUAACAGUGGCUUUUAGACUCUCUUGUACCAUUCCUAGUUAGGAGUUUGGGGCAGCUGAGCCAACACAUGAUUGUUUAGGGAUUUUGCUAAAGUUACUUAAGUGCUAAAUAAGCCUGGGACCUAUAAUUUCAUAGUGCCCCAGGGGAAGCUGGCUAAAUUGCACUUAAUCCCUACACGAGAUACACACACUAUACCAUUAAAAGAAAAUCGCAACAGGUUUUUAAAAAACCUUUCUGCUCCUCUGAAUGUCAGCUGUACAGAAAAGUGGCAGCGGUUUGUUCACCAUUGCCAGGAGUUUGUCACGUGGACUGGCACAGUGUUUAGAAUUAAAUGGUCAAGGCAGCGUGGGCCAGACCCUUGCUGGGGUCUGUGGGCACCACUCCAUUAACACCAGUUGAAUUGCGCCGGUUUACACCAGCCGAGGACCUUGACCACCCCCCCACCCCCCUCUGCAUUUUGUGCUCAAAAGCACCCAAAGAGGCUGAUGGCUACUGUAGAGAUUGCUCUGGUCGUGAGGGGUAACGUUUUGUAGUUAAAGGACUCCAUCAUGUAACGAUUUUAAACCAAAGCUAAAAUACGUAGUGAGGGCCAGAGCGUCAGCUAGUGUCAGUCAACACAGCGCAGUUGCCUUCAGUGCAGCUGACUGGAGCCCCAGGAAGGUGGGGGGUGAUUCUCAGCUCACAGAGAUGUACCUCUGCUUGAGCUAGCUUGCUAAAAAUAGCAGUGUUGCCGGCGUAGUAGGGUGAUGGCUCAGGAGAGCCACCCCAGUACAAAAGAAGAGGCGCUCAGCAGCCCUGGGGUUUAGGGUACAUCCAUGCCGCAGCUGGGAGGCGGAAUUUCCAGCUCAGGUAGACGUAGAUACUCUCACUCUGAUUAAGCUAGCAGCUAAAAAAUAGCAGCGAGACCAGGGCAGCUUGGGCUAGCUACCCAAGCCUGGAGACCCUCGGUACGUAUGUGGGUGACUAGCCUGAGCCACUGCAGCCACUCUGCUGUUGUUAGCGCUCUAGCUCCAGCAGAGCGACCGCGUGUCUGUCUACCCACAUUGGGAAGCAGGGGCCCAGCUGCACUGUAGAAAGCCCGAGGAUUAAUACAGAUGACUCUGGUGUAGUAUUUCUCCUUUCCCUGGCCUUUAUGUUGGCCUGUGCGUCUUACACUGUCUCAGAAGAGCCAGCAGCUAGGCCUCUGAUUUAAAAUCUAUUUUGAAGCCAGUUCUAUUUUUUUCUAAAGAGAACAUUUAUGUAUAUAUUUAUUUUCCUUCGGCAUUAAGCUUCAGUCUGACAUUCAUGUAGCUUUGCAAUGGCACUUCCUGGAUUUACUUGGAUUUCAGGCCAAAAUCAAAGAAUUCAGAGUUCAAAUUUUGUCCUCUUGCUGUGGCUGUACAAAUAUAAGCAUAGCUGAAGAGCUGUAGACCUUUUUUUUUUUUUUGCUUUAAUUGUGCAGAUCACUGGCACGCCAACACUCAUAAUUUGCAUUUCGUACACUUCAGUGACCAUCCAAGCAAAAUGCAAAACAAACAUGCACAAAAAAGAGAGCGGGAGAGAAAAUGUUGACGGUCUCACUAUGAGCAAAAAUCUUUAAGUAAGCAAAUGAAAAGGGAGGGGUAGUUCGGGGGUUAAUUACGCCUUAUAUACUUCACACACAAGUUGACCAAGCUUGAAACAGGAGCACAUACAGGCUGGAUGGGGAGCAUGUCAUGCACAAACAGCCAAAAUUAGCACGAUUGCAAAAAACAAAGCGUACGUGCAAUUCCAGUAAGCUCUCUUCAGCAGUAAAUAUGAAGCACUGAGUUCAUCCCUAAAAAGCAAUCUCAAAAGGGUAGUGCAGGGGUGGUCAACAGGCAAACUGCGGGCCAAAUCCAGACCACCAGAUGCUUUUGAAUGGACUCUGCAAUCUUUUUAUUUACUUAUCGUUAUUAUUGGAGGGUUUUUUAAUUAUUUUCUCUGGAAUCUAGACAUUGCCCGUACCUUGACCAAGAAAUUUGGCCCUUGACAAAAAAUAAUUGACUACCUCUGCGGUAGAGCUUUCCUGGGAAGGGCCAGCUGAACAGUGAAGGAUCAGCGUUCCAAUAUGCAGCAUUCCCUUCUUUUAGAGCAAAGAAUGGAAGCAGCUCAUGUCUAUUGUGCAAUAGGCAGAAGGCCCAGAGGCAGCCUCCGCAGUUAUAUACACAAAGUGAUUGUGAGUAUCUUUGUCAUCAUAACCACACCUUUGUGGAUGUAACCUGGAGCUGUACUCCUGGAGACAUACCCUGAGCGUGCUGACAGAUAACGAAAUACAAUCAGUCGUUGCAUGAUUGAAGGAAGACUUGAGGGGCUUGUGUUAGUGACGCAGGGCUUUGCCUACACUUUAAACACUAUAGUAGUGCUUCAGUGUAGACACUACCUAUGCCAAGGGGCGACUCCCAUCAGCGCAGAUAAUCCACCUCCCCCAGAGGAGGUAGCUAGGUCACCAGACUAAUUCUUCCAUCAACCUAGCGCUGUCCACUUAAAUACGCCACUCAAGGGGGUGGAUUUUUUAAACUCCAAACAACAUAGUUAAACCAACCUAGUUCUCUAGUGUAGACCUGGCCUUAGGAGAAUAACUGCAAUAGGUUCAUGGAGUUCAGUUCUCAGCUUCAGUAUCAGUCCUGUAGUAUGAGUAAUAUAGCAGCUGGUCACACAAGGCACCCAUAUAUAUGCUUGAGGAAAAGCAACUCACUCUUCUGUAGCAUCAAAGAACACAGGUGAUUUAAGGCAAGUGGUUAAGUUCCAAUACAUAAAGCUAUCUUAGCUACAAAACAACUAGGUAGUUAACUUAGGGACCAGGGUCUGAUUGGUUGUUGGCUAGGCCAGUUUAUACCAGCUGAAGAUCUGGUCCUUAAAAUCCCACUGGUCCUUCAGGACAGGAGGGAGGUUUUUUUGGUUUGCUUGCUUUUACAGGAACUCAAGGUUAUUCAAUGGAAUUCAACCUGCAGGACAAUUAGAAUUUUGAAGUGCUAGGCUUCCAUGUUGGUCUAAAUCUAAGCUAAGUGGAGUUGACAAGUGUAAGUGGAUCAGAAGCAAAACCACUGUCUGUACACGUCACUCAAAACUAUGGCCAGAAAGGUUCAUUUAAAUGCUCGUAUACUGGUGGGACUGUUUCUGUGUAUACAAUAUGUAAGUACUUACUUAGUUUUUCCUCUAAUUUAAAAUAGUUCCAUUUGUAGGGACAAGGUGGGUGAGUUUCUUUGGUGCAUUUGUUGCCUGUGAAACAGACCAGAUUAACUAUCUUGGAGGCUGAAACGGCCUGUUUAGCCACCAAUGAAUCACUGCAUGGGUGUUUUCUGUGCUUGGCCUCUUUGCUGAGAGUGCCAUUGUAUGGCAAUUCUGACAAUAGCUUUUGAUUGCUCUGUGAUUAAUUGUGAAGGAUCAUAUUUAUGCCAGAAAAGUAUGUUCACAGUAAUCAGCCUUUACGGGUGACUCUGGACACCAAAGUGAAGCCAAGGUAUUUGAUGAUUGUAUUUGUAUGAUGGAAGCACCUGUAGGCUGAAGCUCCAUUGUGCUAAGGACAAUAGGUACAGACACCAUGCAUAGUAAGUGUGCAUCUGCCUGAAUAUUCUACUCAUUGUAGGACAGGACAAAAGAAGCAGCAACAAAUCACAGCAUUAAAGAAGAAAAAAAUCGUGGGCUGUGCUGUUGAAAGUUCUGGGCUGCUUCCUUCUUGGGCUACCCCUUCACAUUGAGGGUGUGACUUAGAUGAAGACUUGCACAAGAUCCAGAAGGUGCAAUAAUUAGUCAGUCAGCAACAUGACUGGACACACACUGGGCCAAAUGUCUUGCUGGGAGAACACCACUGAUUUCUGGGCAGCUCCCCCAGGAGUGCAUAUAGCAGAGAGCAUCAAUAAUUGGAUUUUGUUUCUCGUGUGAUAGGAUACAUGUGCUUUUCCUGAGCUGUGAACUGAGGAGGUGAGAGUCUGCUCUCCUUGACACUGGUUUUGCACUGCCAGGCUUACAAGACUUCAGCACAGCUUUUCCUGAUUUACACCAGAAUAAGUGGCAGCAGAAUCAGGCUCAAAGACUCCAGGCAGGGACCAGAAGCUAGACAGCAUCCUGGCUCUUGGCCACAGCACUUCCGUCAGUGUCUUCGGUGACGCUGAUAGCAAUCCCAGAAGUGACUGCCAGUUUGAGGGAUAGCGUCAAUACCCAUUAUCCAAAACAACGGCAAGAAGGAGGGAGAUAAAAAGAUCAAGAGGAAGCAGAGCAGCUCCUUUCUUUUCUCCUCACCCUUUUUAGUGUUCAUGAAAGGUGGUGGCUUGGCAGCUCUAGCCACCAAACGUGGCCGAGCUAUCUUCAGUCUGCCCUGCCAAUGCGGCUCGGCCCUGUUCUGCAGGGAGCACCUGUCAGUGUGAGAUGAUAGGUCGGUCUCCACACACAUUCAACAUUCGGCCGGAAAUGACAACCGGCAGCACCAACGUAAAGAGUUGUGUUUUGUCACGUGGGCAACUAACUGCACAACGGACAUCAGAUUGGAAACAACUUUCCCUGAUCACCGCCCUGGGAUGGCGUUGAACCAGUGACCUGCACGGGAAGGGCUCCAUUAGGAAUCACUUCGCUCAGCCAGCUGCCUAGAUAGCUAAGCACAGCGGCACCAGGGGCACAACAGCAGCAUAGUCUGUUGCUUACUCUGUACAUUAGAAGGAGUGAGAGCAAAAUAUCUGUUAGCCAUCUGGUCGUGUCGCCUCAGGAGACCAGGCAGUUUCUGAUUAUACGAUUUGUGCGUGUGCACACCAGGGCAGGAGACAGUCAAGCGAUAUUCCAACACUGGGUAGCAUAGCACAGAUGUUGGUACGUCUGCUCAUCAUUAGACACAUCUGCAAUCUGCAUCAUUUCACCGCAGCUUUCAUUGGUGAUAUGCAAAAAUCAGAAGCCUUCCAGGAGCUUAUGUGGAACCACUUAAGACUCUAAUGAUGGGGAGGGGGGGCCCUUCGUUUGCCACAUAACUGCUAAAGUCAGCCCUGGCAUGACAUCAUUGCUGAAUCUCUCACAUCCACUUUGUUCUUAUUGCUUCCCAUGCCAAUCUGUUAGGGACCAAAAUGUAUGACCAACCCCCUGUCUGGAGGCCUGAUCCCAUACCAUUGAAAUGGUCGGGACUCUUGAGAUUAACUUCAAUGGGAGCAGGCUGAGGCCGUAGGGAGGAAGCUUUCUGAAGAAAGAGGGAUAUGACUCUACUUCCUCCGUGCUCUUGUCCCCUCCUGUUUAUCCUUGCACCUUUCUUUCUGAAUCACCAUUCUUUAGUUUUUCUUUUUUAGCGAAAAUCCCUCUAUCUAUAUUUAACUGAAAACGCAAACUGACCCUGAGGUUCACAUGGAUUCAGAACGUAGCACACAGCAAGAGCAGGAGAAUGUGCCUCUCGAUCCAUCUGCACAGCAGCUGACGGGUGUAAUUCCCAGCCUGGGUGACAUACCGAAGCUAGCUCUGCUCGAGCUACCGUGCAAACAACAGCAGCGUGGUUGCAGCAGCACAGGUGGUGGGGAGGGCUAGCCACCCAAGUACCACCCCAUCCGACAUCCUAUGUACAUACUUGGGCAGCAAGCCCAAGCUCCCCCCUGUGCCACCAUGGCCACAUGGCUAUUUUUAACAUGCUAACUGGGGCAGAGCUAGUGCGUGCACGUCUAGCCAAGCCGGGAAAUACUCCUCCAGCUGCUGUAUAGGUGUGUCCAUAGUGACAUACACUGUCAUGCGCCCCAUCCAACAAGGACAAGUGCAGAGUCCUGCACUUAGGACGGAAGAAUCCAAUGCAGCGCUACAGACUAGGGACCGAAUGGCUAGGCAGCAGUUCUGCAGAGAAGGACCUAGGGGUGACAGUGGACGAGAAGCUGGAUAUGAGUCAACAGUGUGCCCUUGUUGCCAAGAAGGCCAAUGGCAUUUUGGGGUGUAUAAGUAGGGGCAUAGCCAGCAGAUUGAGGGACGUGAUCGUUCCCUUCUAUUCGACAUUGGUGAGGCCUCAUCUGGAGUACUGUGUCCAGUUUUGGGCCCCACACUACAAGAAGGAUGUGGAGAAAUUGGAGAGAAUCCAGCGAAGGGCAACAAAAAUGAUUAGGGGACUGGAACACAUGAGUUAUGAGGAGAUGCUGAGGGAACUGGGAUUGUUUAGUCUACGGAAGAGAAGAAUGAGGGGGGAUUUGAUAGCUGCUUUUAACUACCUGAAAGGUGGUUCCAAAGAGGAUGGAUCUAGGCUAUUCUCAGUGAUAGCAGAUGACAGGACAAGGAGUAAUGGUCUCAAGUUGCAGUGGGGGAGGUUUAGGUUGGAUAUUAGGAAAAACUUUUUCACUAGGAGGGUGGUGAAACACUGGAAUGCGUUACCUAGGGAGAUGGUGGAAUCCCCUUCCUUAGAAGUUUUUAAGGUCAGGCUUGACAAAGACCUAACUGGGAUGAUUUAGUUGGGAUUGGUCCUGCUCUGGGCAGGGGGCUGGACCAGAUGGCCUCCAGAGGUCCCUUCCAACUCUGUUAUUCUAUGAUUCUAUGAUCCCUUUCUGAGCUCUGAGCUUAGUCCCAAACCAGGGCUUCCUGGGAGGUGCUUUAAAUACAAAGUACAGGAGUUACAAUACCAAGCAAGACGGUCAAGCUGAUACUAGGGGCUUUUUUCCUUUUAUGUUAAGCUCUAUCCAAAACACAGCUCUCCUUUAAAAUUGGGCAGGGAUUUAGUCUGUGUGUAAAUUAAGUGUGUUUAGUGUUUGGGGGGAAAAUUGUUUGGAAAUGGUGCGGAUACAUCAUUUUGAAAAACAGCUACUAAGCAUAUGAGAUAGUAACCCUUCAUGCGGUGCGUGUGUUUGUGAAGUGUUUUUCCAUUCGCUCACAUUGGGACCUAUCCACCUCACAAGCAUCUGGUGAUCACAUCUAUAGAGACAACACUGCAGUGGGGAAGCGAAAUGAAGCAAUGGCAAGGUGGGCUGCUUCACGACAACAAAACAAAACGACGUACAUUUGAGUUGUUAUUCUGCUAUUUAAAAAAAAGAGCUAGAAAUAAACAAUUGAAGGAAGUAAAAGGCUCGUUAAAAGGAUGUUAAAAGUUGAGCCCUUAUUCCUUAUGGACAGAGAAGUUCUAGUUUUCUCGACAGCAUUUUUGAUAUGGCAUGCAAAUACUGGUGCCCUGCUUUAUAUGGAAUCUAGACCACCCAACAUUACACAAUGUUACAGGCCUUUGGGGGACAUAUUUCUGCAGUGUGGUCUUGUGUGCCUCGUUCUAGUAUUGCACUCUAUGUGUAAAGAACCAUAGAGAUUAUAUGAUAUCACCCAGUAAUGUGCGACAUUCAUAGCAGAGGACCAAAGGCGUUGCAAUGCGUAGAUACAGUGGCGCUGAGCUUAUGGGUUCAUGGAAAUGACAGAUAGAAGAGUGCUGGUAGUGAUGACCUUUAAAAGCUUCUAUGUUAGCUUCCCUCCUGCUGACCUGAGUCAGGAAGAUACUUAAGCACACAUUCUACCCCAACUCUAGUCAGCAAAACACAUAAGGGUGUAUUUAACUUUAAGCUUUGCUGACCUGGGCUGCUUUUCCUGAAUCAGGCCCUUAAUCGAUACCACUACUACUAAUGCCUAGCUUAUACAUAGCACUGGGCAUCCAUAGACCCCACGGUGCUUACAAAGGAAGUCAGUAUCAUUAUCUCCAUUUCCAGGGAGGGAGGUGACUUGCAUCCCUCAUAGGAUGGUGGCAGAGCUGGGACUAAGACAGAGGUCUCCUGAGUUCCAGGCCACUACUCUGUCCACUAGGCAACACUACCUCCUUAGUAAAUGUAACGCAGACCUAGCAAACACCAAAAACACAAAGGCAACUGACAUUCCAAAGAUAGUUGUUGUAGGUCAGUUAGUCCAUUUCCUGCCAAUGCAAGGAUUAUUCUCUGCAGUACAUUUCCAGCCUUUCCUUUAUGAAAAUAUUACAGUAGCCUAUGAUAGUCCAUUUUUCUGCUAGCACAAGGCUGGUCCCCACAUUAUAUUGCCCAGCUCUCCCUUUUUUAAAAUACUGGCAUGAUCCACAUUCCUACUAAGGCAAGAGAGUAUUGGCCCAAAACACUUGUAAACUGUAGGGCUUCAGAUCAUUCCUCUAAAUAUUUUUAAAAGAAAUGGCUCUGUUUUAAAUGGCUGAGGCAAUAAAAGUUCCCAGGUGGGCAGGACAACUUUAACCCUGAGUGUCCAUGCAUGUACGAGUUUAAUAUAUCAAGCUGUACUGUGCAUUAUUGUUUGGUCACAUGGUGGUACUCAGUCUCUCUGGUCACCAACACUGCAUUAUAAUCACUCAUUUACAAUUGCUCUCAGGCUCUGCUGCCCACUCAACAUGUUGUCUCUCCAGCGGAUGGGGUAGUGAUAAGUGUGUAAGUGGACGUGAUGCGUAUGUAGGUGGAUUUCUUUCUUUGGGGAAAUUCCCAGUGCACUGUGUCAGCAAAUCGUGUGCUGUUAUCUUAGGCGAUCACUUUGGGAUUCGAUCAGAUUUCAAAGUACACCAAGAAUGCAAAAUAAACUAGAGUAAUUCAGAUACUUUCUUAAAAAAAAAGAAAAGAAAUAGACCUUUGCAUACAUCACUGAUGAGUGAAAUGCAAUGAAAAACUGGAGUUAUAUAUGAAUCACCGUCACAGAGCUCGGGCAGCUCACCUCAGUCUGAUGUCUACAAAAUCCCUACAAGGUUCUUCUAAGUAAAGUGUGUCAUGUACAUGGCAGCUGUAGUAUUUGGGAGCAGACAAACCCAAAGCAGCUCAGGUUCUGACGACGUGCAAAGGUCAGUGAACCUGGAAGCUUUCCUGCCUUGCGAAAUAGUAGUGUUUGCAUCAUGACACUGCUACAUUGUGAGCCCAUGUUCUGGGAACCCAUCCUCAGAGCACCAGUAGGGUUCCACAGGGAAAGCAGCCUGUCAAGUUGAGGUCUAACUGAUUGUGAGCUCCCAAGGCAAUGUUGUAGCUAAGAAAGGAAAUGCAAACAUUGGAUCCAUGAGCAGAGGAAUAUCAAAUGAGAGGAGGUAGGUAAUAUUAACUCUGUAUAGGGCAUUAGUGAGACCAUUACUGGAACACUGUGUCCAGUUCUGGCGUCCACACUUCAAAAAGGAUGUUGACAAAUUGGAAAGAGUUCAGAAAAUAGCUAGAAGAAUGAUUUGAGGUCUGGAAAACUGGCCUUCUAGACAUAGAAACAGGCCCCCUAGAGAGAAAUGUAUGGGUGUGAUGCAAAAUUUACUGAGCGUGGUUCUGUUGUGGCCUAUGUUGUAGGUAGGCAUGCUGGUUUUGAGAUGUCAGGUGUUGUGAACAAGUGUCAUUCCCUCAACAAUGCCACUGCACUGAAACCGAACUUCAUAGACCAAAGCGGGGCUGGUUGGGUGGGCUUAAAGCCAUUUACCCAGCACACUGACUGAGACAUACACAUGCAUAUUGGCUCCAGACUACACUGACAUCUCUAUGCUGUUUUCACAUACAACGUAAGCCCAAUCUGAGCAAAAGCAGCAAAAAAGGUCAGCACAUUACCUCCUAUGUCACAUCCCCUGCAAUCAUUAUGGUCAGUCACUUUUUUAAAGCAAUGUACAUUUAGCCUCCUAAUGUCUCUGAAAAUACCAACCUCUGUCCUGCUAGCCCCAUGUCUUGAGCUGGUAUGUUCAUUCUAUUUAAGAUGUUUCAACUACAUUGAUUAAAACCUCCUCAUCUUCCUUUUUCAGGAUUCAUAAAUUAGCCUUUUAGCUUGCUGGCAGUGAUCUCAGAUACAAUAGAUAACCGUCUCUGCUAGGCAUCCGGCCAUUUCGAAAGCCAUCACUUACGUUGGCUUCAUCUUUACUGCUUUUCAGCGUGAAUAGCUGGAGGUUCGUAGCCAUAAUUUAACACAUUUUUCUUAAAAAGGGCCUUUCACACCGGGCAAAGCUUUCAAAUGCAUCAUACUUAAAUAGAGUUUCACUUAACUUUCUUGCAUAACUUUCCUUAAUGAUUUUUUCAUUUAAAAUUUUCAAGUAAAUUGAGUACAUGUGAAAGCUAGCAGAUGGACAGCCCUUGAAGAAUGAAAGCCUUCUGUUUAUGCACAGGAGAGGUGAAUUAAAUCCUGUUUAUGCACAUGACGGGCGUGGCACAACACUUGGGCAGGUCAUGGUUCUGACAACGUGCCUUGAACCUGACAGAGGGAGUACGUCCAAGGGGUCAGUUUUUAUGGCCCACCCAGGUCUUCACAUCUGUGCUGAGACUUGUCAACAAAGGUGCUAAUUUAUGCCAAAUGCAGGGCUGUUUUCUGCGAUGGGAGCGCAUAGCUGCUAGGAACUGGAUGUGAGUCUAGUGGUCUCAGCGCCACGGGCCACCAAACAGCCAAGGCUGAUUUUGCUAAUUACUUGGUAUGGAAAAAAGAAGGGUUUUUUUGGUUUCGUCCAUAGACAGUGCAUUGGAGCAGAUACAUGACAUCACAAACAAGUUGAUGGCAAUAGAAUGCUGUGUGAUAAAUAGAGGAUCCUGGCUCUGCUACAGGACUAUGCUGAAAGAGGAAAUGGAUUGUGUGGGAGAAAGCUCUUCAAACACAAAUAUCAGCAAUAUUAGCAAAGGGAAUAGAGACAAUUGCUAGCAGAGUAAAUAGCUUUUUGUAUAAACGUUCUCUUUAUUCAAGUUUUCCCCAGUGCUCAGUUCUCCCUUUAAGGCUUGGAAAAUUGAUGUUCUUUCAAAAGUGUUGAUUACCCGAUACACUUUUAGUUCCGUCCUGCUCACCAAAGCUAGUUGAGAAGAAACUAAAACAGAGUUCUUGUGGCACCUUAGAGACUAACCAAUUUAUUUGAGCAUAAGCUUUCGUGAGCUACAGCUCACUUCAUCGGAUGAAGUGAGUUGUAGCUCACGAAAGCUUAUGCUCAAAUAAAUUGGUUAGUCUCUAAGGUGCCACAAGUACUCCUUUUCUUUUUGCGAAUACAGACUAACACGGCUGUUACUCUAAAACAGAGUUGAGUUUCUAAUGCGUUUUUGGACAAAAUGAAUAGCCUUUGGAAGAGCCUGAGGCAGGCAUCUACUCUGCUGCCUCAGUGGAGUCCAGCGAUUCCCUUUCCAGGCCGUGGGCCAAAUGCUAGCUUAAUUUAUGCUCAUGCUAUCUAUGUUUUCAAAAUGGUUGCAUGGGUGAAACUGACAGCAGAAUUUGACCUCUUGUUUCCUGCUUGAUGAUUAGCUUGAAGUACUUUCUGAGUGAUUUUUGUACAUGAACAAUUCCAAAUACUUGCACGAGGCCCUCAGGCAGUUCUUCAGAUCCUAAAAGGUUUCCAUCUGGGUGGGUCAAGUCCCAGAAGUGCUCAGAAAUCAGGUGAACUUGCUCCUUCUUUUUUGAAAAGCUACUGAUAGCAGGGCCUCAGCUCAAUUUAUUGGGUCUCUCUCUCUCUCUACAUUCAUCACUGAUCAUUAUGAGGGACAGAAGCGGUCCCUUCUGUGUUCGUAUUCCCAUCUUCACUUGAAAAUUAAAAGAAACAUUUUUAACUACUUGAAUAAUGAGGGUGAAGGGAAAUGCUAUGCUAAUGACUAUGUGGGAAAAUAAUAGCAUUAACACCAGUGUUAAGGACACUGCAAUCAGUCUCCAAUCUUUCCUUGGGAGCUGAAGUACUGCUGAGCCACCACCUCAAAGAUCUAAGUUCAGCCUAGUCUGAGCAUAUAGAGCUCAAAUCUGCAUCAACUCCAGCUGCAAAACAUUAGAUCUGAUCUCCUCCAAAGUUUAGGUGAUUUGGACCUGAGGUUUUAUAUUGGGCUUAUCUCUAGGUCUGGAGUGAGAGACCUGUAAAUAGGUGAACCAUUCCAUUCUAUAUCCUUAUGCUAUGAAAGUUAAAUCCCAAACUCACAGGCUUUUCAGUCUGUGUUAUUGUUUCCUGCUAAUAAGGUGCCUGAUCCAAAGCCCGGUGAAGUCAAUGAAAAACUCCCAUUGACUUUAGUAGGUUCUGGGAUCAGGCCCAAAGGCUGGGGAACGUAGAUACUUCUGUUCCAUCCAGGUCUCUCACCCUCCCUUUAUGCCUGAUUCAAACAGAGCAUCUGAAUUACCGUCUAGAAGUGCCUCUCUGCAUUCUGACAGGUUUCAGAGUCACAGCCGUGUUAGUCUGUAUUCGCAAAAAGAAAAGGCGUACUUGUGGCAUGCUCAAAUAAAUUGGUUAGUCUCUAAGGUGCCACAAGUACUCCUUCUCUCUGCAUUCUGUGACCUCUCCAGGCAGGAGCUUUCUAUUUAAAGCCAUGGUGCCCAAUAAAUGACACCAUUUCGAUGUGGAGCUCAUUGCACUGACGAUAAUGAUGGUGGUACUGAACAUUCUUGGCAGGAUUGCCACAGUGGCCUAGUAGUGGUGGUGCUUUCCCAUGUAAACACCCACUGUUAAGUUCCCAGUUCUGGAUUCAUUUCUCCUGAAGAGGCCAGGAACUAUGAGGAGAGACAGUGGAACAAACUACUUACACCUGCAGUGAAUUUGGCCCACCAGGCCCUUGAAGGAAGGCAUGCCUCAUGCUGCUUAAUGGCCCAGUGAGCUCCCUUUUCUCAUAUUGCCUUUAAAGAAGCCUGUUUUACAUAGGGUGAGUGCUCAGUAAUUCUGGCCUCUUUAAGGCACCCCAACAUUGAGCAUCUCAACACUUACUCAUUUGGCCCUGUAGGAGCAACAUUGAUGUGUUCGGAAGGAGAAUUGCACCCAGUCUCUCCUUAACCAGAACGAUGGUGGGGCUUUGAUGGCGUGGUGGGAAUCUAGGGGUCGGUUUGGGACAGAGAGGAGGAGCUCUUGAGGGGGACAGUGCUGCUGAUAUACACCCAGGCUUCUAGGCUAAUGCACAUGGAGGCAGUGAUGGAUAGACUAUUGAUUGUGUUUUCUAAGGCACUGAAGUUCUUUCCCUCUUGAUAAGUGUUGAUGGGGUAACAGUUCAAACUACUCAAUGGAUGUGUGUAUGUCUUUUUCCCCUUCUUGUCAAGCGUAGUCAUGCUGCGAUAUAAAUUGCCCUAACUCACUAAAUGAAUAGUAUUAAGCUGGAGUUCUUGAAAACAGUAGACCCCGAUACAAAUUUCUGAACAGAGGCACCUGUGUAACAGUCUCAUGGCAAACACAUUAAUUUAGGUUUAAUCAGGAGCCUGCAAUUUUUGGAAAGGCCCUUAGACGUUGCUUUUUAGGCACACUACACUUCUUUGGCCUUGUCAUUUUAGGUGAUUUUUUAAAAUUACAUUGAUCUCUUUCUUCUUUUGCAACUCGUGUGAGAUACACAACAGUAGCUUAUAUUCUCAAAAGUGUCUCUUUUUGGAGUGUGCAACUUGAGACACUUUGUAGGAGUCUGAUUUUCAGAAAGCUGGGCCCUCAGCAAGCUUGAUCUUCUUUAAGUGUCUCCAGGUGGGCAUCCAAAAAUCAGAGCUAGUUUUGAAAAAUGUAGGCAAGUUUAAAUACAAAGGCAUUUAUCCUGGAAUAGAGCUAAUACUGGAAAGAUUGCACGGCAAAGUAACUUAGCUCUACUCCGACUGUGGCAAGCACAUUUGGUUAGUAGGGUUUGAUCUAU